AUGCUCUCCAGACGAGCCGCCUCAGCAGCGGCAGCGGCACGAGCCCUCGCCCCCCGCGCACCAUUCCUCCCUCUCGCAACCCGGCUCUACGCCACGGAAGCAGCUGCACCGGCUGCCCAGCCCUCACAAACUCCCCCGGCAGCGGUCUCGAAACCCACCCCCGCAGCUUCAAAAUGGGCCAAGGCCAAGACGGCCGCCAAACCCGCCGGCAGCGCCAGCACCAGCUCCGCCCCGACCGAGGCGGACGUGACGUAUGAGCCCAGAACCAUCGCCUACCGGGCGGAAGCAGAAGGCUCACGGCCGCCCGUCGACGUCACGGGCAUACCGGUGGUGGACUGGGCCAACAGCUUCCACGGCAUAUCGUCCCGGCCCGUAACCGAGGAGCAGUUCAAGGCCCUCAUGGCGCCGCUCGCCAUCAAGGACAUCGAGGUCAAGCCCGACGGCGUCAUCUACCUCCCCGAAAUCAAGUACCGGAGGCGACUGAACGAGGCAUUCGGCCCCAUGGGCUGGGGCAUGAUUCCCAAGGGCGACGCCGUGGUCGGCAACUCCAUCGUCACGAGGGAGUAUGCGCUCAUCGUCGACGGCCGGUUCGUCUCGCAGGCCCAGGGGGAAAACGCCUACUUCUCGCCCGACCAGCUCCCCUCCUCCGUCGAGGGGUGCAAGUCAAACGCCCUGAUGCGCUGCUGCAAGGACCUUGGCAUCGGCUCGGAGCUGUGGGACCCCCAUUUCGUGCGGUGGUUCAAGAAGACGCACAUGGAGCAGGCGUGGGUGGAGCACGCGACCACCAAGAAGAGGAAGACGUUUUGGUUCAAGAAGGGUGAGGUGCAGGUUUCGUACCCCUAUAGCUUGGCGAAAUAG